CCAGACCGGGCCUGAGGCUUCAGUAAGGGAGUAACGGGCUGGGACGAAAGUUAUAGACGGAGAGGGGGGGGAGAUUUUAGGAAUACCAGCAGGAAGAAGGAGUGACCGCAGUUUAGGAUAAAGGCUGAGAUUGAAGCUCUGCAGCUGGCCAGAAGACUCUGACAGAGAAGAAGACGGCCAUGUUUACAGCACGAGCAGAGAUCAAGCUGUAAAAGAUAAGAGGCGGUCUCCCCCCACUGGCCCGCAUCGCAACGCUCACCACAGCGGCUCUGCGGAGGACCACGAGAGUCCAGAGAGAGUGGAGCAGAAGGAGAAGCUCCAUGCAGAGUUGAAGCAGGUGCUGAGUCAGAAGAGAAGUCACCUGAGAGAGUCCGCCUGUCAACUGGCGCAGCCGGUGAUGGAUCCGCAACCUGGCAGCGAGUCCACCGUCGAGGCGGAAGCCUCCAAGCCGCAGGAGAUCGUGGUGGAGACAGAGGCUGAGGCCGGAGCCAGCGGCUACAGCGUGACGGGCGGAGGACAGCAGGGAAUCUUCAUCAAAGAUGUCCUCAAAGACUCGCCGGCCGCCAAACAUCUCAGUUUGCAGCAAGGUGACCAGCUGCUGAGCGCCAAAGUGUACUUUGACAAUGUGAGGUAUGAAGACGCUCUGAAGAUCCUCCAGUGUGCCGAGCCCUACAAGGUCAGUUUCCUGGUUAAGAGGACCGUCCCAGAAGCAGACAUCACUGUGAGAACUGGAGUGCCCAUCGUGGAGGUCAAAGGUCCCAAAGCCAAAAUGGCCAAAAUGAGCGUGAAGGGCACCAAGGCAUUCAAGGCCAAGAAGAAGCGAGGUGGCCGAUUUGGUCUGAAGAGGCUGAAGGAGAAGCGUCGAGAGGAGCUAGUCAUCGAGGGAACGCCGCCCAGGCUGGAGAUAAGUGACGUGGAGUUUGCCCUUCCUAUAUUCCAACACAGGAAGGGCGGCCACCUGGACAAGGCAGAAGGUGGCGCUACUGUGAAGGCAAAGAAGAAAAUCAGGUUUCCUCGCAUUAAGACAAAAAGUCACACUGGAGGAAAGGAGGAUAGCGGACGGCUGGAGGGAGCUGAGAUUCCUGGAGCUAAAUUAAAGAGCAAAGCAAAAGGUCACACGUUUGGAAUUAGCUUUCCAAAGACCAAGCCUGGAUCUGUGGAACUGAAGAAGCCCGACACGAACAUCCAGCCUCCAUCGGUGGAGUUUAGUCUGUCUGCUGGUCAAGAGAAGAAAGGGGCGAUAUUUACUUCCCCUGAUAUAGAAUUUGCUCUUCCUUCCGGCAAAGCUGAGGCUUCUUUGCCCACCAGGAAGGGAAAAAUGGAAAUUAAAGCUCGAAAAGGGAAGGUCAGAGAACUAGAAGCUGAAGCCACUCAGGGAAAAGUUGAAGUAGAAUCAGGAAAAGGAGAUGGUAAACUUAGAAUGCCAAAAAUAAAACUUCCCACAGUGAGACUCUCACGUCAUUUGGAUGUCUGCGAUGAUGGCGUCAAGGUAAAAGUUCCUCAAGGAGACAUUAGGGUAGAAAUGGAAGCAGGAAGUGGGAUAGAAGGACAUGUCACCAAACCAAAGAUACAAGCAGACCUUCAUUCAAUGAGCAUGCCUUCCGUGGAUAUUUCUUUACCUAAAGUCAAAGGAAAAGCUGGCAUGGACAUCUCAGUGCCUGACCUUGAGCUGGAUGAUGGCAGACUUCCUGAUGAGGUAGAGGGCACUUUUAAAGGACCGCAAAUUGCUAUGCCCACACUUGAUGUCUCUUUAUCAAAGAUAGGAUCCUCUGAUGGGAAAAUUAAAGGUUCACAAAGUGCAGGGAAGUUCAGUCUGCCUUCUGUCGACGUCUCCCCACCCAAAGUAAAAGCUGAGACUAGAGACGUAGACAUGGACAUUUACAUUGGUGGAGAUGGGAAGUUCAAACUGCCUAAUUUUAACGUAUCUCUGCCAAAUGUCAAACCACAUGAAGGAGAGGUUUGUCUCAAAGGAGCAGAUGUUGAAGGAGGGUUUAAAUUACCCACUGUAGACCUGACUCUUCCCAAAGGCAAAGACUUGGACAUUGACCUUCCCAAAGCUGAAGGAGACUUGGAUAAUGAUGGUUUUAAUGUCAAAGGAGGAACAUUUAAAUUGCCAACGGUGGAUGUUUCGUUCCCAAAAGUAAAUCUUCCAGAAGUUGGUGUUGAAUUAAAAGGUCCAGAACUUAAGGGGGGAAAGCUGGAAAUGCCAGAUGUUGAUGUCUCACUUCCAAAAGGAAAAGUUGAGGGUGACUUUGAUAUUGAAGGUCCAGAGAUGAAGGGAGGAAAGUUAAAAAUGCCAAAGUUCGAUGUUUCUUUACCAAAAGUCAGUCUUCCAGAAGGAAACAUCAAACUAAAAGGUCCAGACUUUGGAGGAAAAAUGGACAUGCCCGAUGUUGAUGAUUCACUUCCCAAAGGAAAGGUUGAAGGUGACCUUGAUAUUGAAGGUCCAAAGAUGAAGGGAGGAAAGUUAAAAAUGCCAAAGUUCGAUGUUUCUUUACCAAAAGUCAGUCUUCCAGAAGGUGGCAUCAAACUAAAAGGUCCAGACUUUGGAGGGAAAAUGGACAUGCCAGAUGUUGAUGUUUCACUUCCUAGAGGAAAGGUUAAAGGUGACCUUGAUAUUGAAGGUCCAGAGAUGAAGGGAGAAAAAUUUAAAAUGCCAAAGUUUGACGUUUCUUUACCAAAAGUCAGUCUUCCAGAAGGUGGCAUCAAACCAAAAGGUCCAGACUUUGGAGGAAAAAUGGAAAUGCCAGAUGUUGAUGUUUCACUUUCUAAAGGAAAGGUUGAAGGUGACCUUGAUAUUGAAGGUCCAGAGAUGAAGGGAGGAAAGUUUAAAAUGCCAAAGAUUGAUGUUUCUUUACCAAAAGUCAGUCUUCCAGAAGGUGGCAUCAAACUAAAAGGUCUAGACUUUGGAGGAAAAAUGGAAAUGCCAGAUGUUGAUGUUUCACUUUCUAAAGGAAAGGUUGAAGGUGACCUUGAUAUUGAAGGUCCAGAGAUGAAGGGAGGAAAGUUUAAAAUGCCAAAGAUUGAUGUUUCUUUACCAAAAGUCAGUCUUCCAGAAGGUGGCAUCAAACUAAAAGGUCCAGACUUUGGAGGAAAAAUGGAAAUGCCAGAUGUUGAUGUUUCACUUCCUAAAGGAAAGGUUGAAGGUGACUUUGAUAUUGAAGGUCCAGAUAUGAAAGGAGGAAGGUUUAAAAUGCCAAAGUUUGAUGUUUCUUUACCAAAAGUCAGUCUUCCAGAAGGAAACAUCAAACUAAAAGGUCCAGACUUUGGAGGAAAAAUUGACAUGCCAGAUGUUGAUGUUUCACUUCCUAAAGGAAAGGUUGAAGGUGACUUUGAUAUUGAAGGUCCAGAUAUGAAAGGAGGAAAGUUUAAAAUGCCAAAGUUUGACGUUUCUUUACCAAAAGUGAGUCUUCCAGAAGGAAACAUCAAACUAAAAGGUCCAGACUUUGGAGGAAAAAUGGAAAUGCCAGAUGUUGAUGUUUCACUUCCUAAAGGAAAAGUUGAAGGUGACCUUGAUAUUGAAGGCCCUGAUCUGAAAGGAGGAAAGGUUAAAAUGCCAAAGUUUGACGUUUCUUUACCAAAAGUCAGUCUUCCAGAAGUUGGCAUCAAACUAAAAGGUCCAGACGUUGGAGGAAAAAUGGAAAUGCCAGAUGUUGAUGUUUCACUUCCUAAAGGAAAAGUUGAAGGUGACUUUGAUAUUGAAGGUCCAGAUAUGAAAGGAGGAAAGUUCAAAAUGCCAAAGUUUGAUGUUUCUUUACCAAAAAUUAGUCUUCCAGAAGGAAACAUCAAACUAAAAGGUCCAGAAUUUGGAGGAAAAAUGGAAAUGCCAGAUGUUGAUGUUUCACUUCCUAAAGGAAAAGUUGAAGGUGACUUUGAUAUUGAAGGUCCAGAUAUGACAGGAGGAAAGUUUAAAAUGCCAAAGUUUGAUGUUUCUUUACCAAAAGUGAGUCUUCCAGAAGGAAACAUCAAACUAAAAGGUCCAGACUUUAGAGGAAAAAUGGAAAUGCCAGAUGUUGAUGUUUCACUUCCUAAAGGAAAAGUUGAAGGUGACUUUGAUAUUGAAAGUCCAGAUAUGAAAGGAGGAAGGUUUAAAAUACCAAAGUUUGAUGUUUCUUUGCCAAAAGUCAGUCUUCCAGAGGCAAACAUCAAACUAAAAGGUCCAGACUUUGGAGGAAAAAUGGAAAUGCAAGAUGUUGAUGUUUCACUUCCUAAAGGAAAAAUUGAAGGUGACCUUGAUAUUGAAGGUCCAGAGAUGAAGGGAGGAAAGUUUAAAAUGCCAAAGUUUGAUGUUUCUUUACCAAAAGUCAGUCUUCCAGAAGGAAACAUCAAACUAAAAGGUCUAGACUUUGGAGGAAAAAUGGAAAAGCCAGAUGUUGAUGUUUCUUUUCCUAAAGGAAACGCUGAAGAAGACCUUGCUAUUGAAGGCCCUGAUCUGAAAGGAGGAAAGUUAAAAAUGCCAAAAAUUGAUGUUUCUUUACCAAAAGUAAAUCUUCCAGAAGGUGGCAUUAAACUAAAAGGUCCUGAUAUUGGGGGGAGUACAAUUGAAAUGCCAACAUUUGAUGUGUCUUUGCCAAACGUCAAUCUUCCAGAGGGUGGAGUCAAUGUAAAAAGUCACAAACUCAAAGCAGGAAUUAUAGAAUUACCAGAUGUUGAUGUUUCACUUCCCAAAGGAAAGGCAGGAGGAAAAAUGGCAAUUGAAGGACAUGUUGGCAAAGGAGGAAAGUUCCAUAUGCCCUCCGUUGAUAUUUCUCUUCCUAAAAUGAAAACGAAAGGUCCUGGGAUAAACAUUGAGGGUCCUGACAUGAAAAGUGGAACAGUCUCCAUACCCAGAGUUGAUGUUUUACUUCCCAAAGUUGAAGGAGACCUGAAUAUUGACGGUCCUGAUAUCAAAGAAGGAAAAUUCAAAAUACCAAAGGUUGAUGUAUCUUUACCAAAAGUCAAUCUUCCAGAGGGCGGCAUUAAACUAAAAAGUCCAGAUGUCAAGGGAGGAAAGAUAGGAAUGCCAGAUGUUGACGUUUCACUUCCUAAAGGAAAAGUUGAAGGUGACUUGGAUAUUGAAGGUCCUGUUGUAAAAGGAGGAAAGUUCAAAAUUCCAAAUGUUGAUGUUUCUUCACCAAAGUUCAGCCUUCCAGAGGGUGGUAUCAAACUGAAAGGUCCAGAGUUCAGUAAUGCAAAUAUUGAGAUGCCUGAUUUAGAUAUUUCACUUCCUAAAGGAAAAGUUAAGGCAGGUGUUGAUCAUGAAGGUCUUGAUAUUAAAGGAAGAAAGUACAAAAUGCCAACAAUUGAUGUUUCCUUGCCAAGAGUAAAUCUUCCAGAGGGUGGUGUUAAAAUAAGAGGUCCAGACUCUGGAGGAAGGAUAGAAAUGCCAGAUGUUGAUGUAUCACUUCCUAAAGGAAAAGCAGAAGGAGAAAUAGGAGUUGAAGGACAUGUUGGCAAAGGGGGAAAGUUCCAUAUGCCCUCUGUUGAUUUUUCUCUUCCUAAAAUGAAAACAAAAGGUCAUGAGAUAAACAUUGAAGGUCCUGACAUGAAAGGUGGAAAUGUCUCCAUACCAAGUGUUGAUGUUUCACUUCCCAAAAUUGAAGGAGACCUGGAUAUUGAAGGUCCUGGCAUCAAAGAAGGAAAGUUCAAAAUGCCAACAUUUGAUGUUUCUUUACCAAAAGUCAAUCUUCCAGAAGGUGGUAUCAAACUAAAAGGUCCAGACCUUAAACGAGGAACAAUCGAAAUGCCAGAUGUUGAUGUUUCACUUCCCAAAGGAAAAGUUGAAGGAAACUUUGGCAUUGACAGUCCUGACGUCAAAGGAGGGAAGUUCAAAAUGCCAACAUUAGAUGUUUCUACACCAAAAGUCAAUCUCCCAAAGUUUGAUGCAAGUUUGGAAGGACCAAAUAUCAAAGGAAAACUAGAAAUACCAAGUGUGGAUAUUUCACCGCCAAAAGGAAAAGUUGAAGCUGACCUUGAUGUUGACAGUCCAGAAAUGAAAGGAGCAAUGGCAAAAAAGCCAACAUUGGAUGUUUCUUUGCCAAAAGUCAAUCUUCCAGAGGGUGAAAUCAAAGCUCCAGGGUUCACUGGGGUAAAGAUUGAGAUGCCUAAUUUAGGUAUUAACCUUCCCAAAGGAAAAGUUGAGGGAGGUGUUGAUUUUGACGGUCUGGAUGUCAAAGGAGGAAAGUUCAGAAUGCCCACUUUAGAUGUUUCUUUGCCAAAAGUAAAUCUUCCAGAACGUGGGAUUAAACUAAAAGGUCCAGAACUCCAAGGAGGAAAUGUGGAAAUACCAUACGUUGAUGUCUCACUCCCUAAAGGAAAAGCAGGAGGUGAUGUAGGAACUGAAGUACAUAUUGGCAAAGGAGGAAAGUUUCAUAUGCCCUCUGUUGAUAUUUCUCUUCCUAAAGUUAAAACAAAAGGUCCUGAUAUAAGCAUUGAAGGUCCUGACAUGAAAGGUGGAAAGGUUUCCAUGCAAAGUGUUGAUGUCUCACUUCCCAAAGUUGAAGGAGACCUGGAUAUAGAAGGUCCUGGUAUUAAAGGAGAUACAUUCAAAAUACCAACGUUUGAUGUUUCUUUACCAAAAAUCAAUCUUCCAGGAGGUGGUAUUGAACUAAAAGGUCCAGAAAUCAAGAGAGGUAAUGUUGAAAUGCCGGAUGUUGAUGUUUCACUCCCCAAGGGACAAGUUGAAGGAAACUUUGACAUUGAAAGGCCUGACAUCAAAGGAGGGAAGUUCAAAAUGCCAACGUUCGAUGUUUCUUUACCAAAAGUCAAUCGCCCAAAGUUCGAGCCGAGAGUGGAUGGACCAAAUAUCAAAGGAAAAAUUGAAUUGCCAAGUGUGGAUAUUUCACUGCCAAAGGGAAAAGUUGAAGCUGACCUUGAUGUUGAGGGUCCAGAUAGAAAGGGAGGAAAGUUCAAAAUGCCAACUUUUGAUGUUUCUUUGCCAAAAACCAAUCUUCCUGAGGGUAGCGUCAAACUGAAAGGUCCAAGGUUUAGUGGGGCAAAUAUUGAGAUGCCUGAUUUAGAUAUUUCCCUUCCCAAGGAAAGGGUUGAGGGGGGUGUUGAUCUUGACGGUCCAGAUGUCAAAGGAGGAAAGUUCAAAAUGCCCACGUUAGAUGUGUCUUUACCAAAAAUCAGUCUUCCAGAAGGUGGCAUCAAACUAAAAGGUCCGGACUUUGGUGGAAAGAUUGAUAUGCCAAAUGUUGAUGUUUCACUUCCUAAAGGAAAAGCUGAAGGACACCUGGAUUUUGAAGGUCCUAAUGUCAAAGGCGGAAAGUUCAAAAUGCCCACGUUAGAUAUUUCCUUACCAAAAGUCAAUCUUCCAGAGGAUGGAAUCAAAAUAAAAAGUCCAGAACUCAAAGGAGGAAAUAUGGAAAUACCAGAUGUUGAUGUUUCACUUCCUAAAGGAAAAGCAGGAGGAGAAAUUGGAAUUGAAGGACAUGUUGGCAAAGGAGGAAAGUUCCAUAUGCCCUCUGUUAAUAUUUCUCUUCCUAAAAUAAAAACAAAAGGUUCAGCGAUAAACAUUGAAGGUCCUGACAUGAAAGGUGGAAAAGUGUCCAUGCCAGGUGUUGAUGUUUCUCUUCCAAAAGUUGAAGGAGACCUGGAUAUUGAAGGUCCUGGUAUUAAAGGAGAUACAUUCAAAAUGACAACAUUUGAUGUUUCUUUGCCAAACGUCAGUCUUCCAGAGGGUGGCAUCAAACUUAAAGGUCCAGAGUUCAGUAAUGCAAAGAUUGAGAUGCCUGAUUUAGAUAUUUCGCUUCCUAAAGGAAAAGUUGAGACAGGUGUUGAUCUUGAAGGUCCUGAUGUCAAAGGAAGAAAGUUAAAAAUACCAACAGUAGAUGUCUGUUUACCAAAAGUCAAUCUCCAAAAGUUGGAUCCCAGUUUGGAAAGAUCCGAUGUUGGCAAAGGAAAAAUUAAUAUGCCAAGUGUGGAUAUUUCACUUCCAAAAGGAAUCGUUGAGGCUGACAUUGAUGUUGAGGGUCCAGAGAUGAAAGGAGGAAAGUUCAAAAUGCCAACAUUUGAUGUUUCUUUGCCAAAGGUCAAUCUUCCACAAGGUGGUGUUAAAAUAAGAGGUCCAGACUUUGAAGGAAAAACGGAAUUGCCAAAUGCUGAUGUAUCACUUCCCAAAGGAAAAGUAGAGGAAGCAAUAGGAAUUGAUGGACAUGUUGGCAAACGAGGAAAGUUCCAUACGCCUUCUGUUGAUAUUGCACUUCCUAAAUUGAAGACAAAAGGUCCUGAGAUAAUCAUUGGAGGUCCUGACAUGAAAAGUGGAAAUAUCUCCAUGCCAAGUGUUGAUGUUUCUCUUCCCAAAGUUGAAGGAGACCUGGAUAUUAAAGGUCCUGAUGCCAAAGGGAAAAAAGUAGAAAUGCCAACAUUUGAUGUUUCUUUACCAAAAGCCAAUCUUCCAGAGGGUGGUAUAAAACUAAAAGGUCCUGACCUCAAAGGAGGGACAGUAGAAAAAAUGGAUGUUGACGUUUCACUUCCCAAAGGAAAGAUUGAAGGAAACUUUGACAUUGUAGGGCCUGAUGUUAAAGGAGGAAAAUUCAAAAUGCCAACGUUGGAUGUUUCUAUACCAAAAGUCAAUCUCCCAAAGUUUGAUCCCAGUUUGGGAAGACCAGAUAUCCAAGGAAAAAUUGAAAUGCAAAGUGUGGAUGUUUCACUGCCAAAAGGGAAAGUUGAAGCUGACCUGGAUGUUGUGGGUCCAGAAAUGAAAGAAGGAAAGUACAAAAUUCCGACAAUUGAUGUUUCUUUGCCACAGGUGAAUCUUCCAGAGAGUGGCGUUAAAAUAAGAGGUCCAGACUUUGGCAGGAAGAUUGAAAUACCAGACGCUGAUGUUUCACUUAUCAAAGGAAAAGCAGAAGGAGAAAUGGUAAUUGAAGGCCAUGUUCACAAAGGAGGAAAGUUCCAUGUGCCCUCUGUUGAUAUUUCUCUUCCGAAAAUGAAAACAAAAGGUCCUGAGAUAAAUAUUGAAGGUCCUGACAUGAAAGGUGGAAAGGUAUCCAUGCCAAGUGUUGGUGUUUCUCUUCCCAAAAUUAAAUCUCCAGAUUUGGAUGUCAACUUUGAUGGUGAAGGUGAAAGAGUCAAAAUUUCUGGAAUAAAAGGAGAUAUUCGUCCAGCCACAUUUGAGGUAAAAGGUGUGGAUAUUAAGACAGGUAACAUAGAAGGUCCAGAUUCAUCUCUUAAACUUCACACUGUUAAAUUGCCAACAGUGGACAUCUCCGCUCCAAAGGUGGAUCUAGACUUUGGCAUCUCCAAACCAAAAGGUGAUGAUGUGGAAGUGGCGCUUCUAAAGGCUGAGCGAAGUCGGCCUUCUUCAGGAGGAAGCUUUGAUUUGCCCAGUGUUUCUCUCAAAGUCCCAAGCUUUUCUCUUCCCCGAUUUGGUGGGAAAUCUAAGAGUCGAAAUUUGGAUAUAUCAGGGCAAAGCAGCGAGGGGGAUAUUUCUCUCAAUGCCCCCUCCAUGGAGUUGAACUUAGAAAAAAACAUAAAGGGGAAAAAAAAUAAAGUUAAAAAGCCCUCCUGGGGAACAUCCAAAAUAGAAGCAGAUGUAUCAGUAUCUUGUCCUGAAUUAGAUGUUAACUUAAAAAAGGGGGCAGUCGACCUUCCUCAAUCAAAUGUUCAACUCCCAGAGGCUGACAUGGAAGGGAAAGGUCGAUUUCAUGCACCUGAUGUCACCAUCAAAGUACCAAAAUUCUCCAUGCGAGCAUUUGGUUCAAAAGACAUAGAUUUUGGAAGGCCAGGUGGUGACCUUGAAACAAAGGCUAAGGUCAAGGUGCCCUCAGUAGAGCUAUCACUACCAGCUAACAAAUCACCAGAAUCUGAGGUUCUUCUUCCCAAAGCAGAGGUGGAUGUAUCAGACCAUCAUCAUACAAAAAUAAGAUAUGAUCCCAGUCAUGAGAAAGAGGGAGCCAAAUUCAAGAUCCCUGAUGUUGACAUAUCCUUACCUAAAGGAAAGGCAGGAAACAUUGCAGGAAGUCAUGCUGGGGCUGAAGUUCAAAAGGGGAAGUUAAGAAUCUCUCACAAAAGCAUUCCUGAUGUGGACAUGUCACUGCCGAAAGCAAAACCUUUAAAGACUGAAGAAUCAGAAGUUGAAAUCAAGGGAAAGUUAAAAACACUGCCAGUUGAUGUGUCCCUCCCCAAAGCGCCACAUGUUGACAUCUAUGGAGGCAACUUGAAGACACCGCUUGCUGACAUUGACCUGCGAGAAGCAAAAAAAGCAAGCAGAAAUUUUGAAGUGGACACAAAAGUCAAAUCACCGGAUGUGGACGUUGAUCUGCGUAUUGGUAAAGCCAAACAAGACAAAGGCAAAAAAGACAAAGCUGAUGUGCAUGUUGAGGGAACAGGUCUGAAACUGAAGAUGCCAAAACUUGAUAUCAAAGCUCCUAAAGGAGACCUGGAACUGGAUUUAGGACUUGGCAAAGGAGAGGCCUCAACUGAAGCCAGUGGCAAAAUCAAAGGGCCAAAAGUGAAAGGAACUAAGUUUAAUAUUGGAAUGCCAAAAAAGACAAAUGGUGGUGGUGUAAAGAUAUCCCAAAAUGUUGAGCUGGACAACCACGAUGGACACACAGCAGGUCCAAACAUCAAAAUGGAAGGUGUCAGGUUAUCAGGUGGCUCAGCCAGUGUGGGGAAAGAAGGAGGAAUAGUUUUACCAAAUAUUCCAGACAUAGACUUUGACAUCGGCACAUCACAGGAUGAAGAGGAAGAAAAGAAGAUCAAAAUCCCAAAGUUUGGUGUUCCGUUACCCGCCAUGUCCUCCCCUGAAGGAAGGAUGGAGUUCUGUGGGCCAGAAAUCAGAUACGAGGGCUCCAAAAUCCCUAAAGUGAAGAAAGCGGUUUUUGUUUUAGCAAAUCCACCACGAACAGAGGACGUUACUCUAUCUACAGGUGACACCAAGCUGAAGAUGUCAAAGAUCCAAACAAAGUCAAUAGAAACUUCUGUUACACAGGGAGGGACUGUUAGAUUUCCUGAAGUGACAGUCAGUCCUGGAAAAUCAUGGUCAGCUGACGUCGCUCUCAAGGCGGAAAAUUCAAGUUCAAGCCCUGACAAUGUAUUUAAAGUGGACACAAGCACAGUGAGCAGCAACGUCCGACUUCCAAAGGUAGAAUUCACGUCUCCUCACGGCAAGAAGACUGCAGCCGACGCCAACAUGGAAAGAGGAAGCAAAGUUGUUCAACAUUCAUCACCAGGGGAAGUUGAGCAAAACCCUGCAGGAAUGAAACUAAAACCCCACAAUAUUUCAUUUGAAAGUUUCCAUGAGGACUCUCCAAGGGAACUUGUCUCACUCUCUCGGACAGAAAAGCUGGAAAGAGACAGUUCCUGGUCUCCUUCUGGUUAUACUGUGGAGUUCAGCUCAGCAAAGGUCCAAACUUGGAGCAAGGCAGACACCGAAGGAGACUCCCAAGAGGGAGAGUCUUCCCCCUGGUUCAAGGCCCCAAAGUUCACCCUGAAGCCACACACCACAGGCUUCCUCCAGAUCACGCCAGAGGGGUCUCCUCAGGCGCAGCGCCGAGGAGAGGUGGGGGGCGAGGCCAGCGUCUCAGGGUCCUUCUGCCUGCACACAGCAGACAUGGACGUCACCACCCAGGAAGUGUCUUCCGCUGGGGGAGGAGGGGCCGUCACCACGGUGACCAAGACGUCCAGGAUCACGCGACAAUCCACGCCAGGCGGGACGCGGACGGGCAGUGGAUCGUUGUGCCCGAGUCAUUGUUUCCUGUCGGACCUUUCAAGCAACGGACACACUGUUCCAGGGAAGCAGCAACCUUGGUGGAAAUCCACACGCCGGUGGAGGAGUUGUCUGAUUGGACGCCUACCUGGACAGGAAGUCCCAUCCAGCAUCCGGGUGACGCCUGGGACGCCUUCCCUCAGGACGCGAGGGGCGAAGGUCGGCAUGAGGCGGGACUUUGGUGGCCUGAGGAGGAGAGGAGAGGCGCUGAUGAUCACAAUCUGGCGGGUCUCUUUGCAUCAGCCUUUCCCCCGCUACCUGACUCACCCCCCCGGGACCCCGGCGACCCCGACGUUAUUCCCACGUUGAUGCAGCUCCUGGUGGGAAGCGGCGGUCAGGAGCAGCGGCUUCUAGGCGGCUUUGCCGAUAUCAGCAAAAUGGCGGUCCACAGAUACAAAGCAGGAAGCGGCGGCGUGUCACGUGACCUGCUGUUGAGGUCCUUACACGUGGAGCCGCCCGACACA